GGCAGUAUACAACAUGGCGCCGCGUGUGACCUCAACCUCAUCACCCCCCCAUCUCUCUCUCUGAAAGGAAGGCCUAUCGAUAUGUCGUCAAAAAGUGACAACAAGCUCAGCACCUGUGGCAACCGGAGGAGAUCGAGCGCGACUAAAGAGGAUGUGAAGCGGAUGUGUCCGCAGCAGCGGGCCCGGUACCUGGCCUACGAGGAGCCGCCGAAAGAGGCGAAGACCUGGAUGGCGAUGUCCCGGCAGCGGGUGUCCGCCUGGGAGUCUUCCGGCGCUGGGGGGAAGAGACAUACAACUGUCGGUCAUCAUCACUGCGACGAGAGGGACGAGGAAGAGAAGAAACGGCAAGACCUGAUCAUAGGACAGCUGAAGGCCGCGGAAGCCCGCAACAGAGUUCGGCAGAUGAGACUGCAGUAUCGGAGUAUGAGGACCCAGGAAAUCAAUCUAAUGAUUUCGUGCCAGUCCAGCGCCCAGACCGCCGUCCGUCUUGAGUUGCUGCUGCCAACGGAGGAAAGCAAGAUAAAUACCAUCGAUUGUCUGGACAAACUGCAGAGAAAGCGAGUCGAGGAGAUCCUGGAUGACGAGAAAGGAUUGACGAUAACCCGCCGUUGAGAGUCGAGACCUGCCGUCCUCCUGCUUUGUAAAUGGCCUCCUGCUUUGUAACUGUCCUCCUGCUUGGUAACUGUCCUCCUGCUUUGUAACUGUCCUCCUGCUUGGUAACUGUCCUCCUGCUUGGUAACUGUCCUCCUGCUUGGUAACUGUCCUCCUGCUUGGUAACUGUCCUCCUGCUUUGUAACUGUCCUCCUGCUUUGUAACUGUCCUCCUGCUUGGUAACUGUCCUCCUGCUUUGUAACUGUCCUCCUGCUUUGUAACUGUCCUCCUGCUUUGUAACUGUCCUCCUGCUUUGUAACUGUCCUCCUGUGUAACAAAAAGGGAACUCUCUAUUUCACUGUUCUGGCUUCAUAGAAACUCUACUGUACAUUUUCUUACAGUUUCAAAAGUCUCCAUAACUACUACUACUGCAGUUAGGUCCCCUGCUACACUCAUCCAACAAGCACCUAGGGUAGUGCACUACUUUAGACCAGGGUCCUUAGGGGUAGUGCACUACUUUAGACCAGGGUCCUUAGGGGUAGUGCACUACUAUAGACCAGGGCCCAUAGGGGUAGUCCACUACUUUAGACCAGGGCCCAUAGGGGUAGUGCACUACUUUAGACCAGGGUCCAUAGGGGUAGUGCACUACUAUAGACCAGGGCCCAUAAGGGUAGUGCACUACUUUAGACCAGGGUCCAUAGGGGUAGUGCACUACUUUAGACCAGGACCCAUAGGGGUAGUGCACUACUAUAGACCAGGACACAUAGGGGUAGUGCACUACUAUAGACCAGGACC